CUCUAUUCUCUAAGCUUCUUGGAUCUUUCCUCGACUCACCGCACACCCACCACUCAAUUUCUCGUCAUAUAUCACUUUUUCCCUCUCUCGACGCCCGCAGUUCGCAGCUGACUGAAUCAAUGGCUGCCGUCGAUACUAAAAUCUACCCUUCCCUCUCCGAUCAAUAUUUACUGAAAGAGAAAGACGACAAAUUAAAUGUGGCCAUCGAGCCAGCAGGAGAUUUAAAGACCCGUAUUGUUGAGAUUAAGCUUGAGACAGCUCCUGCGGAUUUCCGGUUCCCUACUACCAACCAGACUAGGCAUUGCUUUACCCGAUAUGUUGAAUAUCACCGGUGCAUAGCUGCAAAGGGUGACGGUGCACCUGAGUGUGACAAGUUUGCAAAGUAUUAUCGCUCCCUUUGCCCAGGCGAAUGGAUAGAUAAAUGGAACGAGCAAAGGGAGAAUGGCUGCUUUCCAGGUCCCUUGUAAGUGCCUCUCGGUCACUACCAUCGCCUUUGAAUUCAUUACAUGCAAUUGGAAUCCGGUUCAAACACAAUGAGAAUAAGUUUUGACUUAAUUGCUGAACAAGCUCAAAUCAAUAACGAGUAUGCUGCUCCAACGGCUCAUAAACCCAAUUUAUUGCUGAAGAGUUAAUUUCAGUUUUUGCUCUUUUUUUUUUUUUUUUUUUUUUUUGUAACUCAUAAAUUAGUCUUUAGCACCAGUUAAGAAACUUUUAAUGUCAGUUCAGAUUUUCAUACAUACAGUGGUUAAUAAGGCUCUGAUUUAUCUUA